ACCCUCACACAACACAACAAUUGAUACGGUUUUGGACGCCAUAUACGAUUUGACACCCCUAUUUACCCCUGAGCGCGUUACGUCAUGAUCCAAACAACACACUUCCAAGUCUAUGUCUCUUAACCUCUGCGAUGUUAGAAUCUUCUUUACACUAUGAUGUUUCAAAAUCUUGCAAUUCUACCCCUGAUAGCUGUGCAUGGGGCUGCGCAAGCCUUGCAUCGUGUUUCGCAUUCAGCCCGCGUGAUAUCUGGAUACCUGCUCAGUCGUUCCUUCUGUUCAAGGUACAUUCGUUUCUUUGACCAAACCAAGAAAAUGCAUUCGAAAUUCUUGGUCUUGGGUGCUCUGCCCAUCCUAGCCAUGGCGCGGGCAUAUCCUCCUGUUCUCAGAGGCCGGCAAGACCCAGACACCACGACAUCCAUCGAAACCUCUCGUCCCACCUCCCCGACUCACACAUGGACAGCCGCGGGUGAUGCAUCAGCCACAGGGUCGUGGGAUGGACACUACACCGGAAUCUACACCGGAACACUCGCCGACGAUGACAGCGGCCACUACACCGGCAUCUACUCUGCCACUGCAACCGGCUGCUCGGGCACGUGCACUGGAACACCUGUCGCGGACUACACCGGCAUAUAUACUCCCACUGGAUCUGCGACUGGAUCUGCCACCGGCUGCACAGGCAUCUGCACUGGAAACCCGAGCUACACCGGCAUCUACACGGGCGAACUCCCCACCACAACCGGCCAGGUCGCAUCAAACGGCACAAGUACAUCUGCACCCGUCGUCAUCGGCGGGGCUGGCAAGGGAGUACAGGGCGCGAGCUGGAUUGGUGGAAUCAUGGCCGGCUUUGCUGUUAUGGGGUUGGCUCUUUGAGAAGAACCUGGAUUAUAACCUGUUGAUGAAGUGGAUAUGGGCUUGGAUAUACAUAUGGAUAGGUAGCUUGUUUGAGAUAUAAUACAAGGUAUUUAGCCGAUAGUACUCAUCGACGAUAGCGA